AUGGAGUUGGAGCUCGGCCUUGCACUCCCUGGCAGUGAUCGGACACCGGAGCUGGGUGUCCACGGUGAGAAGAGGGCCAGCUUGUGCAGGAAGAGAGGCGUCGACGAGAUGUUAGCCAAGGCUACUUUGCCUCUGUUCAUCCAGAAGGACAACGACGAGGAUGGCGAUGACGAUAGCAGGCAAUCUAAGCAUUUGCAGGAGCUUAAUUUUAGUGGAAGCAGAGUUCUGGUUGGGUGGCCACCGGUGAAAAUGUGGAGAAGGAAGAGCGAUGACUGCGGCAGGAGGAGGGCGAAUUGCGUGAAGGUGAACAUGGAAGGGGUAGCCAUAGGGAGGAAGGUGGAUCUCUGCCUCCAUGACUCCUAUCAGGCCCUCUUCCUCACGCUAGGCCAGAUGUUUCCCAAGAAACAACAUGAUGGAGAGGAAUCUGAUGCUGCUUAUUAUAAGGUUACCUAUGAGGAUGAAGAUGGAGACUGGAUGCUGGUUGGAGAUGUGCCAUGGGAGUUAAGUGUGCUCAAACACCAACACAAGAAAGCUAAGUAG